UGCUAUAUCUGGACUCUGAACUUUGUUUACAAAUUUGAUGGAACGACUUAAAAUAUUGGACCAGGAUGUUCAGUUCAAUAAACACGACGUGUCCCUAUACUAAUUGGGUCCCAACUGCCAAGGAGUUAUGCGCUGACCCCAAUAGAUAUCACUGUUUAAACGAUGAAUUUGGUAAAUCUGGAUGGAUAUGCGCGGAUCCAAUAUGGGUGGAAGCCGGCCGAUGCCCAGAAUUUAAUUCUGUCGCGAAAAAAUUGGAUACAGUUCCAUGUCAGGGGGAAAAUUGUCCAGAUAAAGUUUUUCAGUCUUCAUUUGUUCAUCUAUACUUGGAUUGUAGGAGACAUGGUGAUGAGAUGACAACGUCUUUUACUUCUAUGGACCUUACAACGGAAGCUGGUGCUCUGAGUAGUCAUGCAUCUUUUGGCAUAACAGUCGGUGUCAUCGCUGUGGUGGCUGUGAGCAUCAUCGCUGUUGCUGUCCUAUGUUUUCUUUUGAGAAAGAGACGACGAAACAAAAACGACAGUGACCCAGAAGCAGGUAUAGCAAUGUUGGCAACACCUGAACCAAAUGAUGAAAGGUCAUUUUCUCGUGCACAAAGAGCUCUUCGUACGGAAAGAUUUGUCGUCAUAACGGGAAUACAGGGAGCCGGGAAAACAUUUCUCGCUAAAAGACUUUGCAACGAAUGGUUACAAGAGGAAAAGUGUGUUUGGAUAACUGAUCCGAAUUCUCUCCCAGUCGUAACAGAUUUUGAUAGUGUACUUAUUCUUGAUGAUUUAUUCCAUGAACUGCAGUCAGAAGAUGAACUGAAAGAAAUAAAAGCAAAUAUUGAAUCUUUGUAUGAAAAUGCCGUAGUGAAAGAUAAAGGCAAAAUAAUACUCACAGUUACAAGUUUAAUUCUUCAAAGACACGAAUCUAUUUUUGAAGGGAGGAAAUAUAAAAAUAUAAUUAAUCUCGAUGAACUUUCUAAAGUGGAUCGAGAAGAAAUACUACAAUUUCAUAUGAGUAUGAAUAACAUUGCAGAAAGGAACUCAAAAAAUCAGAACUCAUCCAUCGUAAUAAGAGAUCAGGAUUUUAAAAGGAUGGUUGAAUUCAACAUUCAUGGUAGCUUUGAAUCCCUUGUGGAAAAGGGAAUAGGAUAUUCAGCAGUAAUAGCUUUGUGUUGUAAAUUUUAUGAUAAAAAAGAAUUGCGUGACCAAUGUGGAAGAUUUGUGAAAACUCCUAUGUCGUGGUUGCGACAAUAUCUGAGAGAUAUGCUAAAUAAAAGGAACAUUGAUAGGAAAAUGGAAGCCAUUGCUCUCUCUGUACUUGCACUCCAUGGUGGAAAGCUCACGUUAAGAGAUUUGAAUUCGGCAAUGGUGGAUAAGUUAAUGGGACUUGAAAAUGUUAAUCCAAAUUGGAAAGAGUGUUUAAAACAAGCCUUUACUAAUCUGAAAAGUAAAUUUGUCGAUGAAAAUGAAAGUGUAUAUUCAUUUCAAGUUCCAGUUGUCAUGAAAGUUUUAUUCAUAGUUAUUUGUGAGAGGCACAUUGAACUUCUACAGUUCUCUGACAAAUAUUUAUAUCAACGUCGAGUUUGUACAUCCUCUUCGUUUCCAAGUGAUUUUAAAGGAGACUAUAAAAAAUCAUUUCUGAAACAUAAACCUAUGUCUUAGUAAUUGCCUGCUAAUGUUGAUUGGAAAUGUAGAAAGAAUCACAAUGUUGAUUUAUUUGGUGAUUGUUUUAUAAAGAUAAUGUUAAUAGUGAAA